GUGCAUUUUUGAGUCAGUCUUUCAGCUCACCAAUAUUGUUUGCAAAUCCUGUGCAAAUACUGGUUAGUUAUAGCUGAAUAACUCUUGCCCCAGUGCCAUUGACGUACUGUGUAUUCCAGAUUGCGUUCUUUGGCUAUUAGAAUUAAUAGUAUCGCUGACUGCGAAUUCCUUGUUUCACCUGGAAAUGGGUUCCAAUCACAACGUGCCGGAUAUAAACCAUCCGGAGCACCCCUUUACAACUAUUCAGACGUCCGGAAACAAACCAAGAACCAUCCAUGUGGCUCACAGACGCUCUCCCAGCGAGCUCACUACAUUGAUGCUGGAACAAUUUAAUUUGCAGCGUCAGCUUGAAAUUGUUCAGGCUCAGCAACAGCAGAUACUUCAGCAACAACAGCAAUUCACCCAGCAGACGAGCUAUGCUCAACCUGGCUACAGUUUUCCGGGCGUGUCGGCCAUGCCCCCACCUUCCAACACCCCAAGGCACAAUAGGAGGGCCUCUGGAAACGUUAAUCACGAACAGGAACAAUUCCACACUGUCCGAGGUCACAGAAGAGCCCAAUCAUCUGUUGCACCUGGCACCCAGCAAAUCUACAACAAACAAGAUACCCGACAACAGGCUCUUGGCCACACCAGGAGGCAUUCUCUCGGGGUCUCAGAAGCCAAGCGAGCAGCCGCAGAGGCCCAGGCUCAACGGUCUGGACAGCCAUUGAAAACCGAUUCUUCCCUUCCUUCUUUCAAAUUCCCUCCAGACAAUGAUGACGACAACUACCAAGUGCAAAGUGGUCAUCACAGGUCCAAAUCGAACAUGUCCCCUCAGAGAUCCUUCCAGUUUCCUCCAAGAGAUAACUCCCAAACAUUGAUGCCUCCUCCAGUUAACUUUGGCCAUGAAAGACGCCAGUCCGGUAAUUAUGGUUUUAGAACUGCUCCGUCUGACAUCAAUGGCAACUGGAGAAAGCAGCAACAACCGAUACCAUCCCAGCAACCAAUAUCGGGAUUUGAUUCUCCAUUCACACCGGGACACAGAGCGAGGUCUUCAUACGGUGGUUCUGUGUCUUCACUGGCACAGUUCAACCAGUCCCAAAAUGGCCAGCAAAGAAAAUCUCUUUUUGCUCCUUAUCUUCCUCAAAGCUCUCUUCCAGAGCUGAUUAGUGAGGGAAGGCUGGUCACAGGUGUUCUUAGGGUGAACAAGAAGAAUAGGUCGGAUGCAUAUGUUUCCACAGAUGGAUUGCUAGAUGCCGACAUUUUCAUUUGCGGCUCCAAGGACAGAAAUAGAGCUCUAGAAGGCGACUUGGUUGCUGUUGAGCUUCUUGUUGUCGACGAGGUGUGGUCUUCUAAACGGGAAAAGGAGGAAAAAAAGAGAAGAAAGGAUAAUAUUGUUGCAUCCACAGACAUUACAGACGAUUUCCACAACGACGCAAGCACCAGCUACUCGUCUUCGGCAUCCUCAAGCGCACUAGCAGACACAGCUACAACGGAAACCCCACCGUCAACUCAAUCCUCUUCAGGUGUCAGCCGUGGAUCCGGGUCUUUGAACAGAAGAGGAUCUUUGAAGCAACGGCCCACCCAGAAGAAGAACGACGAUGUAGAAGUCGAAGGGCAGUCCCUGUUGCUGGUGGAGGAAGAGGAAAUCAGCGACGACUGCAAACCUUUAUAUGCCGGUCAUGUGGUCGCUGUUGUAGACAGGAUUCCUGGUCAGCUUUUCUCUGGUACUUUGGGGCUUUUGAGACCAUCUCAGGCCGCCAAGGAAAGAGACAAUAAAGAUAAAGAUGAUCAAAAGCAAUCUAACAAUUCCAGGCCAAAGAUAGUCUGGUUCAAGCCCACAGACAAGAAAGUUCCUCUCAUUGCUAUUCCCACUGAGCAAGUACCAAAAGACUUUGUUCAGAACCACGAGAAAUAUGCGGAUCAAGUGUUUAUUGCAUCCAUCAAAAGAUGGCCAAUAACCUCAUUGCAUCCAUUUGGAACACUGGUGGCACAAUUAGGACCUAUGAAUGACCCAGAGGUCGAGAUCGAUUCAAUUCUUAGAGACAAUAAUUUUCUCUGCGAUGAGUAUCCAGAGGAUGAAGACAAGUACGUUGCUGAGCUGCCGGAUGUGACUGCAGCUCUGGAAGAUGAGCAUAGAAGAAAUUUCAAGGACGAGUAUGUGAUUGCCUUCACACAGACAGGCUCUUUCUGUGAUCACGCUCUUCAUGUCAAGGUCCUUUCGGAAACCAAGAUCGAAUUGGGUAUCCACAUUGUCGACAUUACACACUUCAUCAAGCAAGGAUCUGGGUUGGACAAACGAUCAAAGAAACGGUCCCAUUCUGUGUUUUUACCCCAAAAAACGGUCCAUCUGUUUCCUGGAAAAGUCAACGAUCGAAUUUCUUUCAAAGAGAACAAGAGCAGCUUGGCUGUUUCGGUUGUCUUUGAAAUUGACUCCACCACUUUUGAUAUUGAUGGAGUUUGGAUGGGAGAGUCAGUGGUGACUCCUAAGCAGGAAGUGGACUACUCUACCAUGGAUGAGAUCAUUAACAAAACUCUUAGCCAAACAAGUGAAGGCAUCAAUGCAACUUCUGGAUACAUUUCAACACUGGCAUUGAUUGCUGAAGGGCUGAGAAGAAGACGACUGAACAACCCCGAACUGAAAAUUGAGCCAGUUUUGCCAUUGCUCGACAAACUUGACGACGAAAACGUGAGAUUGUCUUUGAACAUUUUCGAUAGUUACCCAUCAGCAACGGUGAUUGACGAGAUUUUCCACAAUGUCAAUGCUGCCGUUGCGCAAAGAAUCCAUGCAAUUCUAGGAGACAGAGCCUUUCUGAGAAAGUACUCGAUUCCAACACUUACAAAAUUCGAGAACUACAACAAGAAGGCAGCCCAUCUGGGUGUAAGUCUCGACACUACGAAUGCUGCUUCAUUCCAGAACUCCUUACUCAGUAUUGAGGAUCCGAUCAAACGGUCUGCUAUUGAAACUAUUUUGAUCAAAUCCAUGCCAAGGGGAAAAUAUGUUAUUGCUGGCAAAACAGAUGCAGACAGUUUAAAUCAUUAUCUUUUCAAUCUACCAGUUUACACGCAUUUCACUGCACCAUUGAGAAGGUAUUCAGACAUCAUUGUCCACAGACAGUUGAAAGCUGUUCUCAAUGACGAUAUUCAUAACUACAAGGAAACCUUGGACUCACUCAAGAUGAACAGCGAUUAUUGUAACUUUAAGAAGGAUUGUGCCAAAGCUGCACAGGAGCAGGCUAUCCAUUUGCUUCUCUGCCAGACAAUCAAUGAAAUGAGCUCUGAAUCUGGCCAAAUAUUAACGAUGGGAACUGUCAUCCAAGUUUAUGAGUCUUCAUUCGAUGUUCUGCUUCCAGAAUUCGGCAUUGAAAAACGUGUUCACGGCGAUCAACUUCCAUUGCAAAAGGCCGAGUUCGACAAAUCCGCUCGCGUGCUAGAGUUGCACUGGGAGCCAGGUGUCGAUUCAGCAACGUAUAUUCCGGACGACGAAAAGGAGCCGCUCUCUUACAGGUCGUCGAUCAAGAACAAGUAUCGCUCGCCAUCUAGUACUGCAGCCAAAUCUCAGAGUAAACUGGCCUUGGAGAAUGGAGGCCUUAUUUCUGCUGAACUAGCCAAAAAACUAGAGGAACUGAAUAUCAAGCCUCCGAAGGUCACAGUCCCUACUCAGAACACCACUGCUCAGAAACCAGUCUCAAGUUCUGUGAAGAGCGUUCCCGAAACUUCGCCAAUUGGAACUCUGGAGAGAAAUGUUUCCGACCCACAGACAAGUCUUUCCACUGCGAUGGCAUCGUUAUCGACAGAGAGUCCGGUUGACUACGAUCCUGCUCUUGCGCCAUAUCUUUGCGACUGUAUCAUCAGAGUCGAGAAUGAUAGUUACAUCCAAGAGAUCAGAGAACUCAAGCAAGUGCCCAUUCUGCUGCGGUCUGAAGUGGGAAUGGCGCUGCCUUGUUUGACCGUGAGAACAUUGAAUCCUUUCUCUGCCGUGAAGAGGGAGUGAUGUCUUAUUUCUACGCUACCUUCGUUUAAUGAGUCCCAAUACCUUUUUCAGCUAGCAAAUAUCCAACCAUGUUAGUCCUUUUUGGCAGGCAUGAUGCUGCCAAACAGUCCUUUCGUCGUCAAGCUUCUUGAUGGCGGCUGCCCAUGUCCAUUUCUUUCGUUUUCCACGCGGUCGUCUAAUGCGUAAGAAACCUCGUAUUGGUUUUCUGGGUCUUGGUUUAUGUUUUCAUCGACACUCCUGUCGAUCAAAUAUCUUAGCGAGUUGAACCAAAUUCUGUGUCGCUUUUGGGUCGGACAGGUGAUCUUGAUCGUCCUGUCCACAGAGUGAACAAGAAUGCUUUUGUGGUACAAUCCAGGAGGUAGUGGAUUGUUGUCCUCAACGGACUCGACUCUACUAAUUGCCAGGGCCCGGAUCUUGUUUUCGGAAGGAUCACCAAGGAUAGGAUUGGCAGCAGACCAGUAAAGCGUAAGGCUGUAAGGGUGAAUCCAGAAGUAUCUUUCGUGUCUGGCUUCAGAGAGAGAAGACAGCGGACCGAGCUUUCUGUAGUAUUUAUAAAGAUAUUCUCCAAUGAUUGUUUGAGUAAUUGCGGCAAUCAUUUCCUGGUCGGUGAACUUGGAAGUGGCCGUUGUCUGAUCAGUAGACGUAGUAGCGUGUCUAGCUAAGUGGUUCAUUGAAAUGCUAGGCUGACUUUGCUUUAUAACGUCUGCAGACAAGACACUUGGCUCGUCCUCUUCCAAAACAGUCGUGGCGGGCUUCUCACUUUCAUCAACUUCUGUCUUAUGGUUUUUGUACCAGGCGUGGCUUCUGAUUAGUUUAUUGUAGUAGGUGGAAGGAACGACGACGAUGUUGGACUCAUCAACUGUCCUCGAAACUGUAGUAGCCACGAAUUUGGACUCUGGAAUGAGCAUAUAUCCUUUCGAUUUGCAUAUCUGUUUGAGAUCGCUAUCAAGAACGGGAUUCUUCAAGUUUCCUUGUUCGUUCUCAGGCACAAGCUUGAGCUUAAGUUCGGCAGCUUUGGCAGCGAGAUCCUUAGAAGUGAUCGGCCUUUUCCUCAGUGCUUCGAUUUCUGAUGAACUCAUGAGUUUCAAACCCAGUUUGCUUGCUGCUUGGCUCAGGUCAGCUCUUUUUGGAGCUGCUUUAGGAUCAACCACGGUCAUACCCAAAGAUCUGGCGGACGCAUGAAGCCUUGGAAGAUCGAUCUUGCUAUUCUCCUCAAGUUUCCGCAGUUUGGAAGCUUCUAUGGUCUCCAAGCCGUGUAAUUUGGCAAGUUCUUUGAGCUUGUGCACGUCCAAUCUUUGGGUUUGUCUCUUCUGUCCAACAGGAACAAGCACAAAUCCCAGUUUGGAGGCAUGCUCCUUCAACUCUUCUUCUUUCAUUGUGCGAUCUUUGGAGUCGACAGGUUCACUUGGAGCAUCCACAUAGACAGUUUCGCGCGGUUUAGCUUGCGAAAGAUGGUCCACCUCUUCUUUCGACAAGCAGAGUAGUCCACUUUUGGUCACAACUGACUUGGCCACCUCGAGAGAAGGAGAGACCUGUUUCUCCAAGUCUAGCUCUUUUCUAGUCGCGGUCAGUUGUUUUGUCAGCUCCUGCACUUGCUUCUGGACCGUCUGCAGGACCCUGGACUUUUCACUCAACUGCUUUUGGCAAUGGCCGAGCUCAUCGUCCUUUUGCUUUUUCUCAGAGACAGUCAUGACUACAAGAUCAAAUUUGGCAGCUUGCGAUCUCGCGAAAUCACUAGUUUCUGUCUCCUUGAGCUUUGCUGACAAUUUUGACACCUGUGACUUCAAUUUGGACACUUCUUGUUCGAGCUUUGAGAUGACUUUCAGCUGGUUUUCCUUUUUGUCAUUUUCAUUCUUAGCCACCAAGACAAAGUUAAGCCUGGCAGCAGCACUCUGCAGAAACUCGACUGUCGGCCUGUUAAUCCGAUCUUGCAGCUGCUUGACUUGAGAGUCGAGUUUUGCCACCUGUUGGUUACGCUCGCUAACUGCAUCUUUCGACUUCUUUAGCUCCUGAUGCAAUUUUUCAUGCUCCUGCUUAUCCAGCAUCACCAGAGAGUAUUGUUUGGCCAAUUGUACAACUUGUGACUUUGAAGGAUUGGAGAGUCUCUUUGCCUCCACUGUCUCCAUAACGCUCAGUCCAGCAGCAGCAGCAAGCUUGGAGACAAAAUCCUUGGAGGGAUGCUCGGCACUAUUUUUCAGCAACAAAAGCUCCUUAUGCUCCUCUGGAUCAAGCAGCACAAGGUUAUGCUUUUCAAGAAUCUCACGGCAUUCUUCAGGAGAUGGUUCAACUUUCCGCUCUUUGUACUCUUUUUCACUCAAUAGUUUGUAACCCGCAUCCCUUGCUUUUUGCAUAAGGAACGAAACAGGCGGCGAGUCAUAAGACGCAGAAACUUUAGCUUGCUGAUCGGCAAGCAGUUUAAGCUCAUUGAGAUGAGCCCCAAUGUGCUGAGGGCCAGCUCUUUUCAUUUGCUUCACUGGUUCCUCAAACUGAGGGCCAAGAGAACCAACAGUUUCCAAAAGCUCCUGAUAGUCUUUCUUUUUGAGAGCAACCAUGCCCGACUUGUCAACUCUUUCAAGCAGCUCGACCGGGGUAAGCGAUCUUUUUGAGGACACAAGAAUGCUUUCAUAGGACGAUUUAGACAAAACAACCAAGCCUCGUUCCGCACACCGUCUUUUCAGAGACUCAACUGUCUCAGCCGACUCAAGGGCCCUUUGCUUGCGCGGAGAAACGUUAACCCCACUGGAAGAAGAUUUUGCUACAAGCAGUUCGUACUCAUUGAUGGACAGAGCCUUAUAGCCCAAGUUGGAAAGCUUGCUGCUCAAAUAUGGAAGGGUUGGAUUUUCCACGGUUUGUUGAAGCGAACGUAAAGCUGCAGCAGCAAUCUCGACAGUUCCGUCAGUCGCCAGAGUAGCAGGGCGUUUGAUUGGACUUCCAGAGUCAAUGUUCCGUUUCACAGGACUAUUCACAGGAGUGCUCACAGCUUUGAGCGCUUCGUUUUCCUCAACCGUCAAGAUGACCAGAUUUUUCUUUGCUGCCAUCUCCUUGAUAUAUGAAACGUCUGGAGAGGCAAGCUUGUCCUCUGCAGCCUUGAGAGCUCCCUUGAAUACUUCGAUAUCUUGUUGCUGUUCCUUGACCUUUGCAAGCAGCUCUCUGUGUUCCGCAGCCGGCAAAAGAUCCAUGUUGUGGUUUUUUGCUCCACUUUGCAACUGUUCCAGUGACGUGACUUGGGUCUCCAAUCUCUUUUCAACCUGUCUUAAUUUUUCUUGCACUGUAUUCAGCUCAAUGGUUUUGGUGUUCAAUGCAGCCUUUAGCUUUUCAAACUCUUCAGCAGGAAUAGACGCUAGCCCCAAAUCAUUGGCCUUUUUGUGAAUAAAUUGUGCACCUGGGUUUUCCAGCUGAUCUUGAAGUUGUUUGAUUUCAGCCUCUGCAGUCUCGAACUUAUUGGCUUUCCCUUCAAGUGCUUUGAACUCAAGCAAAGGAAGAACUGUAAGACCAACGUUGGCCAGCUUGUCCGUGUCGAUAGUGUCGUAAUUUGAUCUCUUCACCAGCUCUUCGUACUCUCUUGUUUUGAGCGGCACCAUAUCAAGCUCAUGGCACCUUUGUUUCAGCUGCUCAAUUGGAGAGUGCACAUUGGCGUCAUUAGGCAAAGCAACGAUGUCGUAUCCUGUAGAGGCCUCAAUUAUGGAUCUGUCAGAUGUCUUGUCGCCAGAUUCAGGCACAAGCUUUAGUCCAUGCUUGGAAGCAUAUUUUUCCAGGUAUUUUAUUUGCGAAGUUUCCAUCUCAUCGUAUUCGUCCGAAAGAUUUCCCAGCUCGUCUUCAAGCAUCUGUAAAUUAGAAUAUUCCGAGUCCCUGGCUGUGGUAUUUGCGGCAAUGCUUUUGUCGAAGUCAUCCCAUUCAUCGCUUUCGGCGACAGAUUGACGUCUGGUCGAUUUUUUCGGUGAUUUGGUCUGCUUUCUCUUCAGCUCAUCCUUCUCCGCCUUCAGCUUGGCCAGAUCCUGUUUCAGCUUGGCAAUCGUCUUUUGCGCUUUUUGUAGACUGGCCGUGUCAGACUCAAGCAUUGUGUUUUGAGAUAUUUCACGAAUUGGAGACAGCGAAGGGUCGAGCAACAACGACUCGUCGUACUUUUCAUAUUCAGCGUUCUCGUCAUUAGCAGGAGGUACGUCUAAUCGUUUAUUCUCUGAUACAGACAACUUGUGCACUUUCUGGUGCAACUCGUCGUUUUCAUCGUUCAAAUCGGAAUUGCGUUCUUUCAGCUCUUUUAUCGUAGCAUUCAACUGCGAUAGUUUAGCUGUGGUCUCCUUUUCCAGAACCAUUUGCUUUUCCUGAUAAAGCUCAAGCUGCGCCCUUAAGCUUUCCAGCUCUACAUCUCUUGAAGACUUGUCCUUGCUCGUUUUCUCGUACAUCUGCUGUAGCUUCACUGAGUUGUCUCGCAGAUCGCUGAGUUGUGAUUCGAGUUCCCAAAUUCGUUCACUGGAAUCCUCCUCCUUUUCGCUCAGUUUCUUGUUCAACACUUGCAAAUUGUGUAGUUGCUGGGAAGUUUGGGUGUACUUAUCUUGUAAAUCAGAUAAUUGUGCUUUUAAUUGUGUGUUUUCAUGGUUGAGUCGACGAGAUUCCACCAAAAGGCCGUCACUCAGGUCACUUAGAAAAUCAUUCCCCGAUAGCGGACGCCGUUCAGAAAGCGAUUGUGCCCCAAGACCUAAACUAUCACGUUUCCUCCCUCUCGUAGCUGAAUCCGUGUCGAUUGUCGCAGAG